AUGAGCGAAGAAGAAGCAGAAAAGGCAGAGUAUGAGUCCUCUGGGACCAAAGAUUCCUGUGCUACUCAAAUCACAGCCUACAGGAGCAGCCGCAGCAGUCAAAACAGAGAACUAGAGACCUACUGCAGUCUGCCUUCAAACACAGUGACUGUGAAUGGAGUUGAUGUGAGAUCUACACAGUCCCAGCCCACCCAUAUCAACAUCUACAUCAAAGAAUCAGCUUGGGCCCAACUUCUAAAGGCUGGAGGUUCCCUGAGGUGCUGUGUUUUCCAACCUCGGGACACUGUCCAUCCCAAAUCCAGGAUGAGACAUGAACAAUUGGCACUAGGGGUGACCCAAGUACUACUGGGAGUUGUGAGCUGUGCUUUUGGAGGAUUCCUCUACUGUGGGCCCUGGAAUGAGCUGCGUGGCUCUGGCUGUGCCUUCUGGUCAGGAACUGUGACUAUUGCAGCAGGAGCAGCAACCAUUUUUCAUGAGAAGCACCAGAGCCGACUUUCAGGCUACGUGUCAGUCCUUUUCACCCUGGCUGGCAUUGCCACAGUCCUGGCAGCUACUGUCCUGUGUGUCAAUAGCUUAACCUGGCAAAGUGAUGGCUUCCACUAUAUCCACUCAGUGUGUGAUCACCCUGCCCCUGAGAUUACAACCAUUGGGUAUAGAUGGAGGAGGCAAAACUGGAGGGACUCCAACUGGAAGAAGACUCAAUGCAAGUCCUACAUGCAGAUGGUAACGAACUUGUUCCUUGGAAUUCGUGGUCUGCUCCUGGCUGUCUGUGUCCUGCAGGCUGUUUUAUCCUCGACUUCCCUGGGCAUGGGUCUUCAAAGCUUGUGUAGCCAGAGCUCUGGGUACCUUGAUAAAAAAGAGUCAGAAGAGAAGCUAUUGGAGGACAGUUCUGUGCCCCCAUCUCCUUCCAAAGAGAGGACGCCAUCUACCAUUGCCUGUGACUUGCCAGGAUCUGCCUGUGCCCCUGUGCCUCCCUGUCCUGAGUAG